AUGUGGCCAUUCGCAGAUCCUGAUCGCUAUCGAUCGUAUACUAGACCACUGGAAGAGAUCGGAAAAGGACACCUGCUUUCACCCAGAAACCUUACUGAAGCUCAAAACCGCGCGGAACUUAUAAAAAUAGAUGGGAUACUGGUCUUCAACGAUCCAAGAGACUGGGCCCUCGAUAUCCAGAUUAUUCUGGACUUGCUCCUUUCCGAGGAGGGCUACCUUGGGUCAAUUUCACCUAAGAAUGGCGAUGAUUCGCUUGACAACAGAGGUUAUCACCAACACGAGCAACCGAAAAUUUGGUUUUCUAAUCCUGACCUAUCCUGGGCAGCGGCCUAUCACAUUCCAAGACUGGGUCAAGGAAGUUUCAAGCGCGCUCUUUUCGGGCUGUGGACUUCUAUCAGUCAAAAAGACGCGCAUAAAGUAAAGAUUCUACACAAACAAUAUGGCAAGCCGAGCGAUAGAAUGUUUCAGUAUGGGGAGAACAUGCUCUUGUGGUAUCGAGCGCAACUCCUACAUGCUCCUUCCAUCAACCCAGUAGAGGCGAAGCAAUCUACCCAUAACAAGACGGCCGGACUCGUGGAAGGAGUAUUGGGUCAACCCUUGAAACAUAUUUACAUGGUUGGGGACAACCCCGAGUCAGACGUCUUGGGCGCAAACUCCAUAAGGUCUAAAAAUGGGGUAGGUUGGCAUUCUGUUUUGGUUCGCACAGGUGUUUAUGAGUCUGGCACGCCAGCUCACACGCCAAACGCCAUCGUCGACAACGUAUGGGAUGCCGUGCAAUGGAGUAUAGAGGAUGUCAAGACGGCUACAUCCAGAAAUGCUGGAUCUGAGGGCGCACUUGGCGAGAAGAUAGCAGCGCCAGAGUCAAGGCUGAGCAGCAUCCGCCACGGUGGCAGUGAGCUUGCCGCACACGCACUGGCCUUCCCGGCUAGGGGCGAAUGGACGAUCGGGAUUGAUUGA